GUUUUGGCUCCGGUCUGCUGAACUAACCUGAUCCAGUCUGCAAGAUGACACAUUCUGAUGCUCGUGGAUGAGACAUGAACCUGGCGUCCGCUCAGACCAGCAAGAAGACGCCGGAGAGGGAUGUGCCAGUUAAUCGCCUGGAGAAUGAUGCAGACCUCAGGGAAAUUUAUGAAUUUGGGAGGAAAUUGGGUCAAGGUAGCUUUGGAGUUGUUUAUGAAGCCACCCACAUUGAGACACAGACAAAAUGGGCUAUUAAAGAGGUUUGCAGAUCAGCGGCUGGAAGUUCGAAAGCGAACAUGCUGUGGAAUGAAAUAAACAUUCUCAAACAAGUCAAUCAUCCUCACAUAAUACAGAUUCAGGCGAUCUACCACACCACUGCGAUGAUUUAUCUGGUGACGGAACUGUGCAGAGGAGGUGACCUGAAGCAGCUCUUGCAAAGAAAGAAGUUCUUCACAGAGGAUGAGACGAGGAACAUAAUGUGUAAUUUAGCUGAUGCUGUUGUCUACCUUCAUAAAAAAGAUAUAGUGCACCGGGACCUGAAACUUGAAAACAUUCUUGUGAGAAACUCUCUGGAUGAAGAUGAUGGAAAGAUCAAUAUCAAGGUGACAGACUUUGGAUUAUCUGUGAAGACAGGAGGUGUCGGGAUUGAGAACAGAAUGACGGAGGCCUGUGGGACUCUUAUCUAUAUGGCUCCAGAAGUGAUGAGUGACCGUAGCUACAGUCAGUGUUGUGAUGUCUGGAGCAUGGGAGUAGUCAUGUACAUGUUGCUGUGUGGAAAACCUCCAUUCGUCGCCAAAACAAAGUCAGCCCUACUUGAAAUCAUUAAGAAAAACGAACUGAAAUUCACUCAAGCCAUCUGGGACACAGUCAGUGAUGCAGCAAAAAAUGUACUGAUCUGCCUCCUGAAAGUGGACCCCCCAUACCGUAUGUCUGCCAGUCAGCUCCUAGAAAACCCCUGGAUCACAGGCGACACUGAUGUUCCAGCUGUACCAUCCAAUGUGCUGGAGAUGAUGCAGCAUCACCUGGAACAGGAAGAGAGAGAGCAGAGUUUGGAGGUAUUAUCCGCCACCCCUUAUGAGGACGCCCUGGACCCUGUCCCCGUUCCCCAGGCUGUUUCCACAGAAACAAAUAACAACUGCAGUAGCCAUGCAAAGCUCAGCCCCAAGAACAACCACAGCACCUCUACACGCUCCACAGCCACCAAACAGAAUCAAGGAAUAAAGUCUAAAGUGAGUGGCUGCAGCCUGCUGCAGGAUAAGCGCCGAAACAGCUCUGACACCUUGGUACAGUCACCCACAACACAGGCUCAUGCUGGUAUGAGAGCGUCCACACUGCCGAGUGCAAAGCAGCGCAAGCCUCAGGACAGGAGGGAUCUCAGUACGGGACAGAAACCGUGCUCCAGCCAGAGUAAAGCAGAUGACCACAGACUUUCUACCUCCAGUAAAGCAGGCCUGGCCCCUGCGAACUCCCAGCUCGCCCAAAAACCACUACCUGGUCAGAGUAAAACUAAAAAAUGAGCCAUAUCUUAUAGGAAAAUGAGGGAAAUGUUGAUAUUUUCGCUAUUGUAUGCUGUUCUGUCAUUUUAGCAAUGAUCUGAAUGUAACCACUAUGAAUUGUGCAAUUGUUAUGGUGAUGGCCAGAGACAAAGAAGUGAUGGCAGUGCCAAAAAAA